GAGGAUACAGAAUGUGCUGGAUAUACGGAAUCUGUUACACUGGAUCCCGGGCGGUGCCAGUUUCGUGAAGAUGGUGUCGUGGAUUUUAUCUAGGGCUGUAGUAUUGGUUUUUGGUAUGUUAUAUCCAGCAUACUACUCCUACAAGGCUGUGAAAACGAAAAAUGUUAGAGAAUAUGUCCGGUGGAUGAUGUACUGGAUUGUGUUUGCGCUUUAUUCUGUGAUGGAAACAAUAGCUGAUUUGACAAUAUCCUGGUUUCCACUGUAUUUUGAACUGAAAAUUGCUUUUGUGAUAUGGUUACUUUCACCUUACACAAGAGGAGCCAGUCUAUUGUACAGGAAAUUUUUGCAUCCUCUUCUUUCUUCCAGAGAAAGGGAAAUUGAUGAGUAUAUCGUGCAAGCAAAAGAAAAAGGUUACGAAACUAUGGUGAACUUUGGAAAGCAAGGACUGAAUUUAGCUGCUACCGCUGCUGUGACUGCUGCUGUAAAGGGCCAGGGGGCCAUUUCUGAUCGUUUGCGUAGUUUCAGUAUGCACGAUCUUACAGCUAUACAAGGCAAUGAAUCUAAAGGUGGUGCAGCUUUCUCAUCUUUAUCUGAAACCCAAAAGAAACCAAAAUCCUUAAACCCUGAGGGAUCUGCCUACAGCGGAUUAAAAAGAGAUUCUGCUGACGACAAAACAGAUGAAGAUACAGAAGGGGCACAUUCAGAUGAGGAAAUAUAUUCCCAAAAGGGACUUAGAAGAUCCCAAAGUAUGAGAUCAGUUAAAGUUGUCAAGGGCCGAAAAGAGGUGCGCUAUGGAUCCCUGAAAUAUAAAGCUAAAAAGAGACCACAGAUAUAUUUUUGAGUAGACAUACAUAGUCAAGAUGCAAAACUUCACACCAUAUUUUGGAAACUGAACAUUUCAGCACCAGCAUUAGUAUUCAACACAUGGAUGAUAGUUUGUACCUGAGAUUUAUUCUGUGGGUGAUGUGUUUUUAUGUAAAUUUUUCUGUAUUUUACUUUAUGAUUACAAAACACUGCUAAGGUCUUAUAACAUGUGUACUCAAAAGAUAGAUUGGAACCUACCAAGAGAUCUUUAAGUGUUUACCAGUUGAUCUCAAGAUUGUUCUGCAACUUUCCAUUUUCCACUUAGUUAAUAGUGCUAGUGUUUAGCACAAGUAGACUAUACAUAUGAACAUGGCCGCUAUUGAAAAAAUAGGUUUCUUUCUUAUAUGUCUUACUUUAGAAAAUAAAGUGUGCACAAUCAGUAUCCAUUUGUUUAGCAAAUGUACAACUAGAUCACACUGAUGAACUUUACAAAAAAGUAGAUUCCAUUUCACCAUGGGCACCACUAUCUUAUAAUAAGAGUGAUGUAUAUGAGACCACUUAAUAUGGGAAGGGAUUGUUAUAUUAUGGAUCUACAAACAGAUAUGUAUAUACAGAAAAUUGUAUGGUGAAGGUUUUGAAGAUUUGUAAAAUGUAUUGAGGGUUUUAUAAAUACAGUAUAUAAUUAUAUACUGUUCGCCACAACAAUUGACACAAAAACAGGAGCCUUCAAACUGCCAUGUUGGUUUGUCAGCAAAUCUAAAAAUGCAAAUAUUUAUUUUAUACCACUGUAGAACUAUAUCAGUACUGGUGGCUAUACAUCCUUUGACUACUGUAUGAGGUACAGACACUUAAAAGAUAAGAACCUACUACAUAAAUCACUCCCUUUCCUGUUUGAGUAAGUUCAGUUUCUAUAUAUUAGGCAGGGAGUGGGAGUUGUUGAAAGUAGGAGCCUUUUAAAUCUUGCAAAUCUGUCCUAUUGCCAGUUACUUACAAAGGAAAGGUUUUUACGCCAACUUUUGUAUUGUUCAGAUGAAAGGGUUUACAUUUCAGCUAGACUCUUAAUAUGUUUAAACAGAUUUUUCUGAAGGCUCGUCAUUCCAGUUUGUCAUCAUCUUCUAAAAAUCAGGUUAUUUUAUGACAACAAAGCUAAAUAAUUCCUGCCUUCACUUUUCCAUAGAUCCAAAGCAUUACAAACGUCUCCACUUUCCACGUUGUUGUAUUUCAAAUUAUUGGCUGUUCCCUUCAGUAUAGCUACUGCUCCAAGGACCUUUCCUACAUUUCUAGUAGCUGGUUUGGCAAAGAUCAGGUCUAAAGGUGUAUCUAGCCCACCUUAUCUGGAUGAAGUCUUUAUCAAAGUCUUAGCAGUAGAGCUGGCAUCGUACCAUGCAUCCAAUGGGAUCCAGUUACUUCAUACAUUUGGAAAGAAGUUAAGUCAUUAAUUGAAAAGCUCUCUAGAGGAAUCAAGCCAACACCAUUGCCAUUUAAUUAUUUUGUGUGCAGGUUUGGCCUGAGUAUUCCUUCCAGAGCCAAAGAUUUCAAAGACAGGGAUUUUUAGCAUAUGCCACUUCCUUAUGUAACAGAUUGUAUGGUGCUGGAUUUUAUAGCAUCUAGUUUGGUUUUAAUACCAUUUGCACAAUGUCACGACUCAUAAGAUUAUUGCACCUGGGCUUCCUGUCCCAUAGGAUUAACCAUUUACCCAGAUGAUUAAUCAAAUUUCUAAAGUGAGAAGCAGCCUCAAUUUUUUAGUUAGCCACAUGAAGGUAUUUAAAGGAAAGGAGUUUUCUUUAACCACAUUAGACUGCCACAGGUUCUAGCUUCUUUUGCUCAAAAUUCAGUUUAGGGUUAUUUGAAGGUUUAGAGAAUGUUGUUUCCUAAGUAGUCCUACUUUCCCAUAAAUAUUUUGAGCUUAUAGUAUUGACUCUGGUUCUAAAGAUCUGGGGAUGCCUUUUAUAUCAGCUGCAUGUGUGUAUCAAAUCAGCUGCAGGUAAUUGCAGAAAUCUAUCCCUGGGAAAUGUCUACACUUUAUUUUCCAGGUCAUCUGAACUCUCAGGAAGAUUUUUGAAGUUGUCAGAUCUGUUUUAAGGAUAUAUUUUUUAGUCAUUAUGGCAACAAGGGAAUACUGCUAGGUUACAUAUCUUUUACAAAUCUAAAUAUGCUUGCACUGAAAACUUGCCCACUGCAUCCUUGAGUCUACAUAGUAAAUGAUUCUUAGGUAAAAGCAUCACAUUGUGAAUAAAGCACAGACAUCAAUUUGUCACAUAGGUUAAAUAUAUUGGAUCUAUCCUCAAAAGUGUGUUGCACCACUAAAUCUGUGUGCACAGUAUGCCUCCCUGUCACCCUGCAGACUGCCCUUUGCUCCUCCUGAAAAGCAAAUAGAAGCCUUCAAAAGAUCUUUAAAAACAAGUGACCAAUAUGGAACAAAGACAAUUAUCAAACAUAUAUGGCAUGUGUUUCUCAACGGCUAGCAUUGUUUAACCAGGCAACAGUUGUAACAACAAAGUUGUGUUACAAGAUUUGGACCAUAUAUUCAUAUGACAUGAAAACAUACAUUUCCUUUAUAAUUGUUUAUCUUUUAAAAAGAUUUUUAGAUUUAGAUUUUUCCCCCCAGCAGAAUUGUGUUGUUUUGAAUUUAACCUAGGGUGAACAUGUGACAUUCAAACAGCAAGCAAACCUUAAAGGGACAUAGGACGCCAGUUUUUUUCCAGCUGAUGUUCCUUUACUAUUAGCCUGCAGCAAAGCUGCAUGGUCCGGACCACACAAUUUUUACUUGCAACAAGAAGCACUAAGCUCUCUCCCCCACCUGAUUAUGCAGAGCUAUCUCCAUCUCCUAUAGCAAUAGUACAUGCAGGGAAUUGUAGUUCCCAAUCAGGGAACAACAACAGGCUUCAUGUUAUUAUAGUUCUUAGAUGCUUGUUGUAAAUUACUAAGUCCGAUUUUUCUUUUUAUUCAGAGACAGAAAAGGGCCAGAAAGUGUUAAACAUUUCUUUAGCCUAUUGUUUUUACUCAAAUGGCUUAUAAACAUAGGGAAAAUGCAGUUAUGGAUAUAGCUUCAUAGAUCUGUUUCAAUGAAAAAUGACCAGUCAUGUGAUACAUCUAGCAUACUUUUACUAAAUUCCAUUCAUUUAAUGUGUUUGUGUUACAUAUUCCAGCUUUAUUAUUGUCCUACCAGUAAUGAUAUGGUUUUAUGAGUAUGUGGGAGAAAUUCAAAUUUAAAUUUAUGGAUAAACAUUUUAAUAAGAGCUAUAUCAAGACCUGUCCUGCUUGGUAUAAAUCUUCCUGAUUCCUGCUCCUCAAAGUUGUUGUGGGGUCAAGCACAGUUAAUCUCCAUUUCUGCAAAUAGGUUCUUGCUUGGCUAAGUGUGAACUGACUCAAGCAGGAAAAUGCUGGGUAUCCAACCAUUAAGACUUAAUACCUAUUUCAGUAUUCAGGGUCAAUAUACCAAUCAGUACGUAUAUGGUUCUACUCCAAGCAUAAGGACAUUAAUGCAUCAAUAAGUAUAAAACUGCUUAUAGAUUAGUUUUGAAAAUAUAUUUAAAGGGACACUGAACCCAAAUUUUUUCUUUCAUAAUUCAGAUAGAGCAUGCAAUUUUAAGCAGCUUUCUAAUUUACUCCUAUUAUCAAUUUUUCUCUUGCUAUCUUUAUUUGAAAAACGAGGGCAUCUAAGCUUUUUUUUGGGUUAAGUACUCUGGACAGCACUUUUUUAUUGGUGGAUGAAUUUAUCCACCAAUCAGCAAGAACAACCCAGGAUGUUCACCAAAAAUGGGCCGGCAUCUAAACUUACAUUCUUGCAUUUCAAAUAAAGAUACCAAGUGAAUGAAGAAAAUUUGAUAAUAGGAGUAAAUUAGAAAGUUGCUUAAAAUUCCAUGCUCUAUCUGAAUCACAAAAGAAAAAAUUUGGGUUCAGUGUCCCAUUAAAUACAUUUAAGAUCUGUUUAGAAUUUAUAUAGACUGCACAUAUGAAUUUAGUCAAAAAAAAGAAGAAAAAAAAACAAAGAUAAAAAGCAAUAAAAAACCAAAACAAAAUAUUAUACAUCUUAUCAAAUAUACCAAAAAGCUUAAAAUAAUCAUCAGAAUUCAAAAGGUUUUUGUUUUCUACAGCCCUUUUGAAUAAAACCUGUUUAUGUAAAAUAAUAUGUGUGUUUAUCUUUGUUUGCUAGACACAUAGCAUUUGUAUGCAGUUGUCUUUUUGAUAUUCUAUACUUUUUUGCUGCUUGCUCUUUCCUUUAUACUUUUUUUUUAUUUUUCCAGUAUUAAAGUUUUGUGUUCUUUUUAAUCUUUUGCAUUGUAUAUAGCCCACCUUUAAAUUUGCUUUAAAAAAAAAGUGUUUUGAAGAUUACAAUCGCUGCUGGCAGUGGAAUGUGCCUCAGGGUAGAAUUUUCACAUGAUUAGUACAUUUUACACCAGAGUCCUAUUUUGACACUUAUGGUAAUUUUUUACAAAUUUGUGUUAUUAAUAUUUACUCAAAGGUUAUUUAUUUUUUUAUUUUAUUUCUGGUUGCAUAUAACUGUCCUGUUAAGAGAAAUAUAUAUAAACAAAAAACUCUUAACCAGUUCACAGUAUAUUUUUCGAUUAUGACAAAAUGCUGUACUAUUGUAGUCCACCAUGUUUCUCAGUUUAAAAUAUAUUUUAAAUUCUAAAAUGGCUUUUCUGAAAAUUGCUGUCGUUCUGUUUCUAGCAUUUGUAUAUGGGUUUACAUUUUUGAAUUAUAAUAGAUGUAUUCACUACAAUAAGUAUAUAUAUAUAUGUAUAUUUAUUGGGUGUUUUGAUAUGAUGUAUAGCUUGUUUGCAACUAAGACUCUAUUUUCUGUUUAAUAAAUUAAGAAAUAAUCAUUGCGCUGACAUUAUGAGAUCAGAAUGUUGUGCAACGUUAUAUAUUUUUAUGCUAUAAAUCAAUUUUAUAAAAUGUAUUUGUAUGUGAUAACUUGUCAGUCUAAAUGUUAUGGCAUUUACUUAUAUUUUCCAGUGGUUUGAAAAGCCACAAUUGUCUAUUUAGUCUGCAGACUAUAACAACCAAAUGCACUUCAUAACAAAAUUAAAAGCAACUUUAAUGAGGCACUAAAGGCAAAAUUUAAAGGGACAGUCAACACCAGAUUUUUUUGUUGUUUAAAAGACAGAUAAUUCCUUAAUUACCCGUUCCCCAGUUUUGCAUAACCAACACAGCUAUAAUAAUACAUGUUUUACCUCUGUAUUUACAUUGUAUCUAAGCCUCUGAAGACUGCCACCUUAUUUCAGUUAUUUUGACAGACUUGCAUUUUAGCCAAUCAGUGCCCACUCCUCAGUAAAUUCACGUGCAUGAGCUCAAUGUUAUCUAUAUGAAACACAUUAACUAAUGCCCUCUAGUGGUCAAAAUGCAUUCAGUUUAGAGGUGGCCUUCAAGGUCUAAGAAAUUAGCAUAUGAACCUCCUAGGUUUAGCUUUCAACUAAGAAUACCAAGAGAACAAAGCAAAAUUGGUGAUAAAAGUAAAUAAAAGUAAAUUGGAAAGUUGUUUAAAAUUGCAUGCCCCAUUUGAAUCAUGAAAGUGGACUUGACUGUCUCUUUAAGUAUUUAUUACUGAAUCUAUGAAAAUAUUGAUCAACUUAUUUCAAUACUAUCAUGGCUCAUUUUUACUCUCUUUCAGUGGUGAUGGGGGAUCACUGUCAAGUGUUCAGUUGGCUAUAUACACCAUGAGUUAGUAUAAACAGCAACCAAACAUAUUUGCUAAUGGUGUAUGUACAUGCAAGGCAAAUGCAAACAGUCUGUGGACCAUCUGGACAACGUAAACAGAUUAUGCUAUUUGCAGUGGAGUGUGGGAAAUAUAAAAACACAAUUUACUGCAAAAUAUUUAUUUAAAAGAAAAGGGUUCAUGGCAUUUUCACAAAUUACAAGUCCUAUUAUCUGAAUUUUGUCUUAAGUGCCUAUUAAAGGGACAGUCAACUCCAAAUUUGUUAUACUUUAAAAAGAUAGAUAAUCCCUUUAUUACCUAUUCCCCAGUUUUUCACAGCCAACAUUGUUAUAUUUAUAUACUUUUAACCUCGACAGCUCCCUGAUCACGUGACUAUUUAUUUAUUAUCUAUUGACUUGCAAUUUAUCCAAUUAGUGCUGUGUCGGCCACAACCCACUGGCGUGAGCACAAUGCUAUCUAUAUGGCCCACAUGAACUAGCAGGCUCCUGCUGUGAAAAGCUAAUAAAAAGCAUGUGAUAAGAGGCUGUCUGUAGUGGCUUAGAAAUAGGCAGCAAUUUAGAGGUUUAAAUGUUAUAAAAUAUAUUUAUAUAACAAUGUUGGUUGUGCAAAUCUGGGAAAUGGGUAUUAAAGGCUAUCUUUUUAAACAAUAACAAUUUUGGUGUAGACUGUCCCUUUAAAUGUUGGGAAACUCGGUAUCUGUAUGAGUUUAUCUAUUGGUAUCUGUUACUGUAAAUAGUGUUUUCUGAUAAAGCUGUAUCUACCUGAUGAUAAACUCUUAAAAGUGUAUUUCAUAAUAAAAUUGCCUAUAGCUGUAUUUAAAACCAGGUCACCAUCAUAAAAGUGUCCCUUUUGGGCAUACUAGAUGUGUAAUUAAGUGUCCCAAAUUAUUGCUGCAGCAUCUGUUUACCCUCAACAAUAAAGCAAUAAUAAUCAUAAAUCAUAUUACCUCAGUAUCUGCACAUUAUGGGGACAGCAUUUUACUCUAUUGUGAUUUUGCAAUACUUUUUCUAGAUACCUUUUACCAGCUGUAAAAUCGUCAGUUUGAAAUGUUUUUUUUUUAUAAAUCUAUGAACCAAAGUGCCUAUUAACAAAUAUCAAAAUGUGUGAUCACAUUCAAUACAUUGCUCAGAAACCUAAAUAACAAAAAAGGGACAAUGUUCUUAUUUUAAAUGCAAUAAAUGAUAUACUUACUCACUAUUAUCAAAGCAUUUAUCAAGAUAAUUUGAUAACAAAAAAAAAGGUAACACCUACCUUAAAAGCUUUAAAAGGCAACCAGUAGAGACCUGACCAAUUGGCAUGUCUCAUGAACAUAGGAGGAGAAUAUCAUAUUGCUGCUUUACAUCAAUCUUUAGAAGUAAUGUCAGCUUCAGUGGCCUAAGAUGUAGAGACUUCCUUUACGGAAGUUAACACUGUUAACACUAGUGACACAGGUGUUUUCAUCACCCGAUAAGCUCUAAUAGUACAACAAUCUAGUCUUUAUUGCCUAUAUAAUAUUGUUGUGAAAUCACCAGAAAUCUAUCUAUUUGUGUUCAUUGUUUUGUCUGUUGAAUACAGCUGUUAGACUCCUUAAAACAUUCUCUGCCAAACAUUAAGUAUAUUGGGAGGAAGAAAAAAAAAGAAUCCUCCUCUAUAGGCAGGAAUUGUAUUUACAAGAGAUUUACUCUAUCUUGAUGAAAGACCGAAUAAAAAUGAGUGGCAAAAUAAAACAAUUUCCUCUGCUACUUAUCUGGCUUAGGUAAUAAGCAAAAGAAACAAAGGGCUCUGUCUAUCUAGCGCUGCGGAAUCUGUUGGCGCUCUACAUAUAACCGAUAAUAAUAAUUGCCGCUUCAGUGAAGUGCAUGUUUAAAUGGACAGACUACUUACAUUUGUUAUUUUUUAAAAAGAGAGAUAAUCCCUUUAUUACCCAUGCCCAAGUUUUGCAUAAUGAGUUAUAUUAAAGGGACAGUUUACUAAAAAAUGUUCUCCCCUUUAAUUUGUUCCCAAUGAUCCACUUUAUCUGCUGGAGUGUAUUAAAUUGUUUACAAGUAUUUCCAUUACCCUUAUAUUGGCAUUUGAAUUAGUUUAUUUAGCCUGUGUUACCCCCAUCCAUCUUCAAAGUUUUUGGCCUCAAGACCAAGCUGUAUUAACACAGCCAGUAGAAGGAAUUACAUUCCCAUUGGGUUAUAUAAGAGAUAAGGUAAUAAAAUGUUAAUUUUCCAUUGUUCUCUCCAAGUAUUGGUGAUUUUUUAUGGACAGAUAUAAGAUAAAGAAGCAGGUAUAUGUACACAAUGUGAUAAAGUAAUGAGAUCUGAUUAUACCUAAAAGCUCAACCCAUUUUUAUUAGGUUGUAGCUUCAAAACACAAAAUCAGCUAAUUCAUAUACACAAAUAAACCUUAAAAAGCAAAUCUCAUACAUUGUAUACUCUGCAUCUGGUAAAAAAUGUAAUUCAAAACACAAGGGAAAAACAAUUUUAUAGUAUACUGUCCCUUUAAUAUACUUUUUACCUCUGUGAUUACCUUGUAUCUAAGCCUCUGCAGACUGCCCCCUUAUUUCAUUGCUUUUUACAAACUUGCAUUUUAGCCAAUUACUGUUGACUUGUGCCUACAGUAACUGCACAAGAGUGAGCACAAUGUUAUCUAUAUGUUAUCUAUAUGGCAAACAUGAGCUCGCAUUGUCUGGCUGUGAAAACCUAAUAAUAUGUACUAAGAUAAGAGGCGGCCUGCAGGGGCUUAGAAACAGACAUUUAGAGGUUUAGAAGUUAUAACGUAUAUUAAUGUAACAAUGUUGUAAAAUAAGGGCAUUAUCUAUUUUUCUAGACAAUAAAAAAAUUCAAGUUUAAGGCUGGAGGAAAUGAGAUUUAAUCACCAACAACAAAAACAAAUUUUCACUGUAAGAGCAAUGAAAUUAUGGAACUCAUUACCUAAGAGGUAGUAAAUCCCAAUACCUUAGAUACAUAUUUAAAUGGUUUAGAUACAUUCCUGGCUAGAAAUAGUAUUCCGGGAUAUGAUUGCUUGUGUUAAAUGAGUCACCUUUUUAAUGGAAUUAAUUUAAGCUCAAUUGGAGCUUUUUUGUAAGUAUAUUAAGAUUUGUAUAGGUUGAACUCAAUGGACGUCUGUCUUUUUUUCAACCUCAUCUACUAUGUUAAGUAGACUGUCCCUUUAAUCAAGAAAGCCUGCAGCCAUAAGAAAAGAAACAGUGGCUUAUAGCAGUGUUUUUCAACCAGUGUGCCGUGGCACACUAGUGUGCCGUGAGAGAUCCUCAGGUGUGCCACGGCAGACUGACAACAGUGUGACAUAUUUUUUAAACUUUGCUUGUUUUUUACUCCCAGUGCAGGGGUAGUUUGUAGGAGCAUGGCAUAACAGCACAAUACAUACAGUAUGUGUGUGUUUGUGUGUAUGUGUAUAUAUAUAUAUAUAUGCUGUAUUCGGCUACAAUGUGUGAUUUUUUUUUUACAUUUUGGGAUGCUGGUGUGCCACAGGAUUUUUUAAUGUAAAAAAGUGUGCCACGGCAAAAAAAGGUUAAAAAUCACUGGCUUAUAGAACUGUUGUCUUCCAAACUGUCCUGAAAACAGGAAAUGGAAAAAAAGCUUGGAUGAUUAAAGAUUAAAUGGCUUCUAAUGAGAGUACGAAAUGUUUUUUGAUUAUUUUUUUUUAAUACAUAUUUUUCUCACAAUUUAUAUCUGGACUUGUAUUUAUAAACAUAUAUGUAUGUAGAGGUACUAUUCUUUUUAAUGAUACGCAGUGUAAUAUUUUAUAGUGACGCUAUAUGCAAAGUUAAUACUGGAAUUACUAAUCUGCUGUAUUAUCAUUAGCUCUUAGUGGAUACAUAAGAGUAAAGUGAGUUAUUCCUUUAGAGGAAUGUUAAAUAAUUUGCUCUAUUAAGAGAUUUGUAAUGAGAUUAAAACUCUAAAGACAACUCCCAGCAAUAAUUCCCAGUGUUCUGCACAUGUGCAUACUGACUAAUAUACAACAGGAGAAUUCAUUUUCCUUAGAUUGAAAAGAUUAAUGGUUUAGCAUUAAGCAUAUCUAAACUAAAGAUUAGUAUAAACUUUUAAGAGAGAUAUUUUUUUGUUUUCUAAGAUCUUUUUAUAAAUUAUAAAUGCUUAAACAUACAGGGACGUUUAUACGUGUAAUAGCAAAAUUAUCUAACGCUUGUCUUUAAAGGGACACUAAACCCAAAUUAUUUCUUUCAUGAUUCAGAUAGAGCAUGCAAUUUUAAGCAAGUUUCUUUUUUCUUUGUUCUCUUGGUAUCUUUAUUUGAAAAGGCAGGAAUGUAAGCUAAGGAGCCAUCCCACUUUUGGUUUAGAACCUGGGUAGUGCUUCCUGAUUGGUAUCUAAAUGUAGCCACCAAUCAGCAAGCGCUAUCCAGGGUGCUGAACCAAAAAUGGGCUGGCUCCUACUCUUUCAUUCUUGCUUUUUCAAAUAAAGAUACCAAGAGAACAAAGACAAUUUGAUAAAACGAGUAAAUUAGAAAGUUGCUUAAAAUUGCAUGUUCUAUCUGAAUUAUAAAAUAUUUUUUUUGGGUUUAGUAUCCCUUUAACUAUAUGUUUAAUCCCUGCAAAGGGUGUUAAACACAUACCUAAAGGUAAGCAUUAGCCAACCAGGAGAAUAAGCAGCAAGACAUUCACUAGCGGUAUAAAUUCUUAGUCAUUGAUUCUCAUCAAUUGUUCUGUAUUUAUUUUUCACUUAAUGUGUUUGCAAUGACUUAUUCCAGCUGCAUAAUAUUCAAUGUAUUGGGAAUAGUUAGUUUAGGUUUAGAGAGAGAAAAAGAUAAGAUAAGGAGAUCUAUGCUUCGUGCUGACUCAGCCCACUUAAAUGGUCAUAUUUUUGAGAACUAUGGGUUGUAGUGUUAGUGAGCAUAAAACAGCCAUUUUAAUACAAAAACAAACAAACAAAAAACAAAAACCUAAAGAUUCAAUUUCCCAUACAUUAAAUACUCUGUAGCUGGUAAAACAAUGUAUUGGAAACACAUUAGGGUAAAUAAAGCGUCCCUCUAACUAUGUGCUACAAUCUUUUGUGGGGAUUUAAGUUACAUUAUUAUUAUUAUAACAGGCAAAAAGUAGUACAAGAGUAAAAUUCCUUAGAUUUUACUAUUGCACUUCUAUGUCCCUAUAAAAAAAUACUUCUACCUCUCAAAACUGUUUCCUUGCAACCCAGGAGUUUUACAUUGUCUUCUAAAGGACUUUGUUACUCUACUAUAGACAGAUUUGCAUUAUUCAGUAAUCAUAAUAACAAAAAAUCUGAGCUAUGGAUAUAACAUCAAAGAUCAGAUGAGCUAUUGCUGUUUUGUAACCGUUAUGGUGCAAUAGAUUUUAUCCACAGAGACUGUUCCUACUGUACAUUUUAAUUUCAAGACUUUUAGUGAGUGAUGGCCAAGUUAUUUAGCAUGCAGCAACCAUACACAAUAGGCAGUUGAGCGGUAAUACUGUAAUUAAACUUUUACCCUGCAAAGGAUUAAAGUGAUGUAUCAGAAAUAAUCAGCGGUCACAAAGUAAGUGCAACGACUAAAUAAAAUGUCACUUCCUUUUUGCUACUGACAAACACCCAGCUAAAACAAAAAAAAAAUAAUACUACACAAUUCAUUUGCUAUGAACCUAAGUGCACAUCACUUUAUAUUUAUUGUUGUUCGCACAGCAAAUGUUUGAAAUGUUUAAAUUUUUAGGUUCUAAGUAGGUAUGAUAUGUGCAGAAUUCUAUUUAAAAAGGUAUCUUUAUUGCUAAAAACUCAAAUGUAAACCUGAUAACAUCUCACCUGCUGGUGCUUACGUUCAUAAAUGUAUAAAAAAUGGUAAGGAGUGAGUCUAUGGGGGACACACUUUAGGUCUGGCAAUCUGGAGCUAGAGUCUUAUGGGUUUUGUAGAGAAUGACCAAUUUGAAAAAGAGUUUGGGCAAGCCCACAUUUCUUAGAUACAGAUUGUGGUAUAAUUAUAGCAAGAAGGAGCAGCAGGACUGGAUAGGAUUGUCAGGUGUUUAGUAUUUUACUGAACAGUCUUGUAUUUUAAUUGGCUGUCCAGCAAAAUUAUAUUUAAAAAUAUGGGACACUUAAUUCAUUGAUCUGAGGCCUAAAGAUGGGAUAUAUCUGGAAUGGGCAAGACCAGCUUAAGACAUUGUGCUGCCUGGGUCCAAGGAUAAAUGACUCCCUAAACUCUUCAUCCACUACAAUCUAUUCCUAACCAGUCAGCAGUCUUGAACAUUACAUUUCAGCAGAUUUCAAUUUUACAUGAUAGUAUGCUGAGGUCCAUACAGUGAGACUUAUUUGUCCUAAUAACCACUAUUAACUGGAAUGUGCUACCCCUAUGUGCCACCCCUUUCAAAUGCUGCCUGAGUCCCAUAGUUUCACCUGGUCCAAGUAGAAACAUCCCUAGUCAUGGGUCUGAUCUGAGACCUUAUGGAGGCGUUAAGUGUCAGAGAUCUUAUAUGAGAUUCAAACUCACAAUUUAGGAUUCUCCUAUAAAUUAUGGUACAGUUGGCAAGAUAUUUUAAGGUACAUUAAACACUGAAUAUAUUUCAUGCACCCCCUUCUAAUUAUGGUUGCCACCAUUUUGGAACCUAUGUUUCACUGCAGGUAUCUAAUGGAGCAUUGCUGCACGUGUGCAAACUCAUUAGCGCUGGAAUAAAGUGUAAGCUAGAUUUCAACAUGGUGGCAAACAUGACUACAGGGAGACGGAGGAUAACCUCAAUUAUAUGAUUUUAAAAUGUGUUUAACCCCUUUGUGCUGGUACAAUAGUGUUAACAUCAGAACAGUCCUGAUGUAAACACUAUUAGUAAAAAAUGAAAUCAUGCGAUUGUUGAUCCAAUCAUGUGAUUUGAAGUCCGGGAUCAGAUAAUGGGGUACUGCCCAAGCUGCUAGGCACGCGACCUCCCCCCCCAGGCCGAUUCUUGACUUAGUCAAAGGGGGAAGCUGCAGGACACCAUAUAAGGUAGGACAUUAAAGGCGUGAAGGGGUUAAUGUUUAGUGUCUAUUUAAAUAUUAACACAAACUAAUGGCAAUUGAAACAUCAUUCACUUUUUUCAUGACUUUCUUGGAAUUCUACUAGUUAAGUAGUAUUUAUUAGGAUUUAGUGUGAUGGAAUGUGAAGAAUCUUCUUACAUCAACAAAUGCAGUAUGGGAGCAAUAUAAACAGUGCUGGACUUUUUUUUUUAAUAAUUCUUGAAUUUUUGUAAUAGUAAUUAACACAAAUGGCUGCUUAUUAAGCAAUGAAAAUGCAACAAAUAAUUACAAGUUGAAUCUUUUUGUAAAUUAGUGUAAUAAAAUCUUCAGGACAAAAAUACAUUGUCUAUAAUUUAAUUGAUUUAGAUUGAACAUAAAAUGUACAAUUGCUUAUCUUAUGCUGAGUAUAACUGUGUUCUACAAUAAUGUUUAAGAUUAAAAUGUGUUGGUGUUGCAUUUUUCUGUUUUUGUUGCAGGGAUAAAAUGCAUUGUCUUGUCUCUGUUUUAUACACACAAUACCUAACACAUUCUGUACAAAACAUAUUUGUAUAAUUUAUUUGUCAUUUAAAAGCAUCUUCACUUAGAUAUGUACAAAAUGUUAUCAUUUUUUUCUAAAGUUGAUCUAAACAGCAGUGGCAUGUUGUUUUAUAAUAGAACAUUGUAAAAAUAAUAAAAGUUACUUUUAUUCCCUU